UGCGACAACAGUUGAAGUGAAUGUUUUGUUUGUAUUCGUGUAACGGUUAACUUUUCCAAAUGUAAGGUUAUGCGAAGGCUAACAGCUGUUCGAAAUCAAGUUCAACAACAAUGGCCUGCGAAAAUGAAUACGAGGAAAAUGUCGACAAUCUCCGAAAGCUAUUCAAAGCGAAUAACAUUGUGUCCUUCAACAUACAACACAUCAAGUGCAGUGCCGGCAGUAGUUCCGGUGACAAUUACAUGUCAGUUGUGAAACGCAUUCAAAUCCGAGGUCAUCGUAACAGCAAUAAUUACAAAGAUCCUGACUUCAUGUCUGUAAUUAUAAAGCGACAAAUACCUAGCUUAUCGCGACGUCAGCUUUAUCGCUGUGAUGAAGCAUUCUGUAAUGAAAUUAUGGCUUACAAUCAUGUGAUACCACUUCUGGAUCGAUAUAUGUCUGAAAGUGUAUUUCCGAAAUGUUUCUAUGCUGGACACGACGAUGUCGGCGAAAUAAUAGUUUUAGAGGAUCUGAAGGAAAUCGGUUAUCGUAUGCAAAAUCGACUGACCGGAUUGGAUUUGAAUUUUUGCGAAUUAGUCAUGAAGCAAUUGGCAAAGUUUCACGCGGCUUCGAUAGCAGCGCAACGAUUAGACAAUGCAAUGUUUCGUGAUAAGUGCAAACAGGUAUGCGAGAUCGUGUAUUGUAAGGAAGCUGAAGAAUUCUACAAGAAUAUAUUGGAGACAUCCAUACAGGAGUCGCUGAAUAGUUUGCGAUCAUCGAAUGUGGAUGGUUGUCUGACAGAGCCUAUCCGAUUAAUUGAAAAGCUUCAGUACAAGCUCUUCACCAAAAUUCAGAGCUACAUUACAAAUCCUUCGGAACACAUGAGCGUAAUGUGUCAUGGCGAUCUGUGGAUGAAUAACAUAAUGUUUACAACGACAAACUCUUCAAGAGGUUUAAACGAUAGUAGUAUAGCUGGCGAUGUAAACAGUCGACAUAACGCUGAAAAUCCAAUACCUUGUAAAGUUAAAUUUUUCGACCUGCAAGCCAUGCGAUACGCAUCGCCGGUAUUCGACAUAUUACAUUUCAUUUAUACCAGCACAAAGCGAGACUUGAGAGAUAUGCACACGAAACAUUUACUCGAAACAUAUUCGUUGGCAUUGUCGUCGAACCUCGGAGAACAAUUCACAGAACCCAGCCCCGACCUCGAUUCACUUCGUGAUAUCUAUUCACUGCCAAAUAUUACCAACGAAUACUACAAGCAUGUGCUGUAUGGAUUGGCAAUUUGCAUGUGGAUACUGCCAGCAGUUACCUUUGACCCUGACAAUAUACCAAAUCUAGAUGCGAUCAGUGAAAUGAAUAGCAGCGCCAAGGAAAUCAAGUGUACACAGAAAUUAACGCCAGAAUAUCAUUCCCGGUUGAGGGACUUGGCUUUAGAAUUUUAUCAGAAUGGAUACUUAAAUUAAUCUCAUAUU